UCCAAUCCAAUCGACAGCCUGCAGGAUCUCUGAAAACCAUUAUUGCUUCCGCGUACACAUACUCUCGCCGGCGACGCUACGAUCGGAAGCAUGCAGGCAGUUGAGCCGCAGCCGCUGAAGCGAGCGGCGCUCGAUCUAUCCUCUUCGAUGUCCCUCGGCAAACGAACUCGCACCACGUCGCGGCCGCGAAAUCACACGUGGCACGCACCUUGGAAGAGUUACAGAGUAAUUAGCGGUCACCAGGGUUCGGUUCGAUCAGUCGCCUUCGACCCCGGCAACUCAUGGUUCUGUACCGGUUCGGCCGACCGGACCAUAAAGAUAUGGGACGUGGCGAGCGGGAGGCUGAAGCACACGCUCACAGGACACAUCGGCCAGGUCCGAGGCCUGGCCGUGAGCCAGACCCACACCUACAUGUUCUCCGCCGGCGACGACAAACAGGUCAAAUGUUGGGACCUAGAACGGAACAAGGUCAUUCGUUCUUACGACGCCCACCUCAGCGGAGUCUACUGCUUGGCUCUUCACCCGACCAUCGACGUGUUGCUCACCGGCGGGCGCGACUCCGUGUGCCACGUCUGGGACGUACGGACUAAGAAGCAAAUCUUCACCCUAACCGGACACGGUGACACGGUCUGCUCGGUGUUGGCCCGUCCGGUCGAACCACUGGUGGUAACCGGUUCGCACGACUCGACCGUGAAACUUUGGGACAUUAGGAAUGGGAAAGCGAUGCUGACCCUGACGCACCACAAGAAGUCCGUGCGAGCUCUAGCGGCGCAUCCAAGGCGGCGUGGUUUUGCGUCUGCCUCCGGCGACGGGGACAUUAAGAAGUUUAGCCUUCCGAGGGGCGAGUUUCUGCACAACAUUGCGAGGGAGAAGGAGUGGAAGGGAGGUAUCUUCAAUGCGAUGGCGGUUAAUGGGGAUGGGGUGUUGGUUGCGGGAGGAGACGAUGGGAGCUUGUGCUUUUGCGAUUGGGAGAGCGGUUGUAGCUUCCAGCGAACUCGGACGGUGGCGCAGCCUGGGUCGCUGGAAAGCGAGAAUGGGAUUUUCGCUGCUUCGUUCGACGUGACGGGAUCGAGACUGGUGACGUGCGAAGCUGACAAGACGAUCAAGAUGUGGAAGGAAGAUGAUGAAGCCACCCCAGAAACACACCAGCUCAACUUCAAGCCACCCAAGGACAUUUGCUGGUGGCAGUUUCGCUCAUCUCAGAUCAAUCAUAGAGCAACCAUGAACAAUCCGAUCGACUAUGUUGUUUCCUGUGCCUAAGUCGGUAUUGUUUGGACAGUGAUGAAAAUGAUCAUAGGAAAUUUAGCCAAGGUAUAAUCCAAGGAAGCCGGCUUGAUAGGAAAUUAGGCUGAAGCUAAACAAAGGUUGUAUCUUGUACCUCCCUUUUUGUCUUUGUUCAAUAUGCCAAAAGUUCAGUUGCCAUAACUAUCCAUGCCAUUCCAGUUAGAUUGUUGGAGGCCUACUUUGCUUGCUUUUUAUUCCAUUGUCAGAUAUUGAUUUCCCUGUAAUCUGGAAGUUUGAUAGUAGUCACAAUGAUUUAUUUUACACUCUGAAUCUGUCCAAAAGCAAAGGAUUGAACUAAUGAAUAGUCUUUCAAAAGCAACUUACUGCACCUGGACCAGUAAUAACGAGUAGUCAUUCAAAAGCAAAGGAUUAACAAGGAGUCAAGGAUUGAAUCAUUGAACUAAUGAAGUCUAUCGCAGACUAGACCAGACUGCAUCAUUCUGGGUUGGUAGACGUUCGUCACUUAAGCUGGACAACUACAUACAUAGCGUCUUCAAGUAAAGGUCUAGUACUUGUUACUCUCAUGUCCCAACUUACGCGGUUCACGACUGAAAUCUUCGUCGAACAAGCCCUUCAGUAGAUUAGGUCACCAAGUUGGGAACUCACUACGAACAUGGUAUACUGUGGUUGUCUUGGGAGUUUGUUUCUGGUGAUUUGGCCUUGCUUGAUGUCGACUACGAAAACCAUGUCGGAGGAGAAUAGCUGGUGGAAUCUUCGAUGAUUGAAAAUGGCAUUUCUCAGGCCUCACAAGUGGCACAGGGUGUUGCUCAGAGUACCUAGUGAAGCACUUGCAGGGGACAAUGCACACAACAUCUAUCCAUAGGUUGAUUGUGGAUCCUUGGUGUUGUUAGAUUGCUCGCGUUGACAGCAUUGCACGUAGCUUCCCUUUCAAUCGCGUCUUUGUUUAUGGUUUUCCGGUUUAUUGUAUACCAUUUACAUAUGUUCACAUGCCUUGGCAUUGAGGUAAAGACCAUCAUUCCUCAGUUUGCUUCCAAUCCAUAGUUCUUUGAAUCGACACGAGAAGCCAUACUUGUAUUCAUAGAAUGAAUCCCAAGCAGAAAGGAUUAUCAUGGCCAAGGAGUUCCCUCAGAAUGAAUACCACAUCGAUGA